UGGUCGCCUAGCAGAAAAUGUGAAACGCGGACUUUCGAUGUUGUUGUUAAACAACAGUUUUCGAGAGCUUAUAGUCGAAAUGUGAGCAUGAUUAGUUCUCCUUCAUUCUAAUCAACAAUGACACAAGAACGCACGAUCCCUGGAUGCCCUUGGGCAUUCGCAGACGACAUGAGAGGAAUCAUCGACAAGAAGGAAUUCAGUGAUGUCAAGUUCAUCGUGGGGCCCAGUAGAAAAGUGAUCCGUGCUAACAAAGCAAUUCUUAUGGCAAGGUGUGAAGUUUUCCAGGCAAUGCUUUCAGAUCAGAAAGACAAUGUCCGACCAAAGGGUGAUCAACAGGAUAUACCACUAGUCCUAGCAGAUGUUACACCAGAAAUCUUUAUGUCAAUGUUGGAAUUUCUUUACACCAAUACAUGCACUCUAAACAGCAAGAAUGUGAUGGAAGUCAUGGGCUCAGCCAUGGAGUACAAUUUAGAGCAACUACAAAAGAUUUGUGAGCAGUUCAUUGGUGAAACUCUUGCAAUAGAGACAGCAUCAGAAGCUAUGCAGAUUGCCGUUACCUAUGAUCAGGAAGAGCUUAGAGAGCGCUGUUUGGAUUUCAUUGAAGAAAACACAGAGAGUGUCUUCAGAACUAAAGGAUUUCAUGAACUGUCUGAGGAAGCCUUGUCUUUACUGCUGCAAAGUGACAAGCUGAUGAUGGAUGAGCUGGAAAUUCUUGUUGCUGUGAGGGAAUGGGCCACAGUUAAUUCUGUGGUUCUUAGUAAGUCGCUUGCUGAAGUGGCACAGAAUGUCAUCAAACAUGUCAGACUUGCACUGUUAACACCCGAGGAGCUUAAACAAGUAGAGCUUGACAAUGACAAGGACAAAAUGAUUCCAAUCAAACAGAUAUCUGAGGCGUGGAAAUAUCACGCGUUGAGAAAGUCACCGAAACACAGCGCCUCAGUGCCCAGGCCACGACCGCGACGGGGAACGAAACCGCGGGAAAUGUACACAGAAGUCAGUUAACAGAAUGCCACUAUUUGGUGAAUGACUUUUGAAGGCAAGAAAAUGGAGCAGAAAACAAGUUAGGAAUUUUGUUGUAUGCUGGUUCAUAGUAUUGCAUAUUAUAUACUGCAUAAUAGAUGUGAUUUAAACCGUCACUCAAAAAUCGAUUGAUUUGUUACUGGCAGUUUAGACUAUGUUUGGACAGUAAUGGAACUACGCCGGAGAAAUUUGAAAACAGCGUUUUCACUCUGAAAACGAAUGGAAUGUUUUCCGUCCACACUACGCCAGGGGAAUUUUAUAACGCAACAAUCACCGGCGGCGGAAACCAUAUAAGUGUUUCCUUGUGGGGUAGAGUUAAUCACAUGACUAUCGUGACGUCAUCGUUUUCCAAAAAACCUUGUGUGGACAAUUUCUCUGGAUUAUUACGGACGGUAGGCCUAUCCGUAGAACUAAAGCUGCGUUUUCAAAUUUCUUCUUUGUAGAGCAGAUGGAACGUAAGCUUGAUACCUGUAAAUAGACAAUGCGCGCCUUUCGUUAUAAAACAAACACAACUGUAAUGUUUCUCUUCAACAAGGAAUUGUUUUUUUCUUACUUACUAAGAUUAAAUGAUCGUAAUUGGACUCCGUGUCAUCCAAUUCUAUAUGUAAACUUACUCGCGGUUUAACAUUCCGGACUCCAGCACGCAAAGGCCCGUGAUCUAAUCGCUCGUGUUAUUACAGACGGAACUGGACUUCGUUCUUCCUUGUGCUAUAUUUAUACAUGUUUAUAGAAUGCUAUAGAAUGCUUUUAGCACUGACGAAUUGCACUUUCCCAGUUAAACGUGUUUAAUUCAUCUUUAAAAACAAAAGUCAGUGAUGCUCUUCUCAGUCUUGAUUUCAUUCUCUAAUAGAAAUUAUUGAACCAUGUUAAGCCGCAAUGUAAACGGCGAAUUUUAGCUACACUUUAGUUACAUUGCAACUCGGAAAGUUCAUUAUAUGAAAGCAUCAUCUUAGUUGAUUUGUUCAGUCUCAUUUAAUAACUCAUAAUCAAAAAUUUAUUUUUGUAUAUGCUUAAUAGUUCCUUUCUAGCCGGCAUUUAUAAAUCCCUUGAAUUUGAUAUUGGAGUUUAGACUUAAGACUGAAUAUUUAAAUAGUUUGAAACGAAACGUAAUAUCAUUUAAAUAUUGCGCUUCCUAAAGCCACUGACACCGAUGCUGGCAAUUAUUAUUAUUUUUUUAAUUUCUUUAUUAUUAAUAAACUAUCAUUAUGUAUAAGCUAUUCUUGUCUUCAUUUGUCUAUUCAGUAAUAAUCAUAACUUUAAAUGCCGUCGACUUUAAACGCUGAAAUUUGAGUAAGAACUAGACUUCUCAAAUAGGAUGAACAUAUCUCAAAUUGUCAGUAAAUUGAGACGAGCAAUAUUACACCUACGUUGUGUUUUGCCUCUUUUUGCGCCAGUCUGCUAAAAGGUCGGCCUCCUAAAAUUCAAUAAACUUAUUGACCAACGGCAAAAGUUUUUAUUUUCGUUUAUUAUCUAAACACAAUUUAGCAUAUAGAGUGCCCGUAGGGUUUUAUAUGGUAGUAUGUUUAGCCCAAUAAACUGUUUUGAAAUAUAUUGUAUGCACAAGGCAAGGUCUAAUAUUUUUUGUUUACCGAAUGACUACAGAGGGACUCCAGUAGAUAUUGAAGGCUUAUUUUCAUGCAGUUUUAGAAACAGCCAAAAUAAAGUAUUAG